AUGGUUCAGCUUAAGGUCAACCAGGGAACUCCCAAACGUGUGAGACCUUUCAGGUAUGAAGCAUCAUGGAGUAAAAAAGAGGGGUGUGAGGCCCUAAUCAAACAACACUGGGGUAUGACAACUGGCCAUUUAGACCCCCUAACAGGAUCCAUCACUGGUUUAAAGUAUUGUCAAGAGGGUCUGAAGAAUUGGAGUAUGGAAAUGAGAAGAAAUCAAGGGGCACUUAUUAAGGAAAAACUGUCAAUUCUCAGCUCCCUCAAAGAAACUAAUGAGGGACACCUUUACACAGAAAUAAGUGUACUUCAGAAGGAAGUGGACUCGCUUUUAGAGGCAGAAAACUCCAAGUGGCAACAAAGGGCCAAGCAAAACUGGUUGAGAGGUGGGGAUAGAAACACUUCAUUCUUCCAUAAGUGUGCCAGCCAAAGGAGAAAACAGAACCUCAUCUGUAACAUAAGGGAUAAUGAAGGAAAUGAGACCACUAGUCAGAAGGAGAUUAGCCAAAUUUUUCAGAGCUUCUUUCAAGAGCUUUUUUACCUCAUCAAGCCCAAAAGGCAUUGCUGA